AUGGAUCAGGUCAUGGACAGCGAAUGGAGUUCUUCUUGGGAUGCAGCAGCUUCUCCCUCAUGGCAAGAUCUGUUGGCGAUAAUGGUAAUACCUGUGGAAGUUGCCCUUCAUCUUCACCUUGGACUCGGCGGCGCUGGCAGACGGGACGAGGUGGGAGUCGAGAAGUAUGCUGUCGUAGAUACGGGUGAGCUCGGCCUCGAUCUUGGAGCGAUAGGCGCGGAGAGAGGGAGCACGCGUACCGGCGAGGAUGCCACCGUCGCCGAUGCUGGAGCUAACCGAGGGGUGGGCGCCACCGCCGCCGCGGCAUCCGCGCCAGGGCAACGGAUGGGGCCGGAGCUGCCCCGCACCCGCGCCGCACUGCCGCCCGGCAUCCCGCCGGCUGUGGGCGCAGGCGCGCAGCCAUGCCGUGCGGGCUGCAGUUUCUGA